UGCUAGAAUCUGGACACAUUCUGAUUGUUUGGCAAAUGAGACGCACGGAAUUUGUUAAAAUCGCUGUAAAUUGUAAACAAUUAAUUAUGGAAGGCAACCACGACCUGUCCGAUGAGUUAAUACGGCGCCUAAGCUCAGGUGGUCUGGAGGAAGUGAUGGCGAGUGAAAUCUUUGAGGAAACGAACAUCUAUGAGGAUGGCAAUGAUGUGGAAAAUGAACCAGAUGACAUUAUCAUUGUGCACAUGGACAUCCGGGAACCGUUGAGCACGCUGAAGAAGCUGGUGGAGCAAAAGAUUGGCGUGGAGCUGCAUUACUACACAUUCUGCCUGCAGGAUGCACAGGAGCUGGAGCCGCACAAGAAUCUGGUGGAUCAGUGUGUCAAGGGCGAGGGCUUGGUGCAGAUCAAUGUGCAAAUCCAAACGAUACGCAAGAAAAUCAAUAUUGCGGACGUGCUGAAGCCCACAGAGGCAGCGCUGGCCACGCUAGCCAUUGAGGAAGCUUCACAACCGCAUAUGCAGGACAGCGACAAGAGCUCGACAAGCGAUAGUCCAAGCAAAGCUUCCAAAAAACAAAAGAUCAAGGAGGAAGUGGCUGAGGUAGAAGUCACCGACGACGACAAAGAUGCGGAUGGCGAGGUGACGAAACCGGUGCUCAACUGGGUGCUCGACAGCAAAUUCAAGCGUGAGCAAAUACGCCUCAAAAUACCCGAAGCAGUCAGUGAAUGGUCGCAAGCGCAUGUUGCCCAUUGGCUGGAAUGGGCUAUUAAGGAAUUUGAGCUGCGUGAUCUUAACGUGGAUGCGUGGUACAUCAAUGGACAAGCGUUGUGCGCCAUGACGCACGAGGAGUUUAGUCGCAAGCUGCCGCGUGAUCCGGGCAAUGUGUUCUGGACGCAUUUGCAGUUACUCAAGGAGUGCAACUUUGUUUCUGUGGUGCACAAACAGGCGGAGGAGUUGCGCAAACCCAAGCAAACGAAACCAGCGGGCACAAUGUCGGCGACGACGACAAGCACAGGAGGCCUGGAGCAGCGUAUUAUGCGUAAAUCAUAUCAGAGUGUUAAAAGCAAUGACUCCUCGGAGAGUUCGCCGGCACCGCAGAGUCCCAGUCAUCACAACAGCAUUGGUUCAGGCAACAAUGGCCAGGUACAGCUGUGGCAAUUUCUGCUCGAAAUACUCACGGACAGCGAGCACACAGAUAUCAUAGAAUGGGUGGGCACCGAUGGCGAGUUCAAGCUGAGCGAUCCGGAUCGUGUGGCACGCCUUUGGGGCGAGAAGAAGAACAAACCCGCCAUGAACUAUGAGAAGUUGUCGCGUGCGUUGCGUUACUAUUACGAUGGCGACAUGAUAUCCAAGGUGUCGGGCAAGCGGUUUGCCUACAAGUUCGACUGUGAUCUAAAGCUACUAAUUGGCUACGAUGCCUGCGAGUUGUCACGCUUGGUAAACGAGCGCAAAUGGACAGAUCAUCUGCAGACGACACGCAAGGAGGCCAGCAAUGAGGCAACAUGACCUGACGACGAUGACGACAUCGACAUCAAGAAGCAGGAUCCCAGCAUUCUAUGGAAAUAC